AUGUCAUUGCAAAUAUUAUCUGGCGAAGAUUUGGCAACAAUUCGAAUACCAUCAGCCCGUCGUUUUACACAGAAACCAAAAGAAAAUACAAAUGGUAUUGAUGAUAUUAAAAUUUUAAAUAUUCCUUCACCUAUACGACAUAUAUCAUUAAUUGAUCAAACAGAUUCGAAUGAAAUAAUUGAUAAUAUUAAUUUGUUAAACAUCAAUAAAAAUAGUUCUCCAUUAUCAACAAAUGAUAAUAAAUCAAAUGUUCAAUUAAAAAUAACAACAAAUGAUGUCUUUAUCAAUCAUCAUUUUCAUUCAAUGAUUGAUAAUAAUGAUUUACAUAAUCUAGCAACAACACAAAUAAAUCGUUUAUCACCGAAUUACCAAUUUCAAAAUGAUAAUAUCGUAUCAAAUAGUGAUCUUUUGGUAGAUACUAAUCAAAUUCAAGAUGAGAAUAAUCUCUUAAAUAAUAAUGGUGUCUACAUAGACGAUAAAGUACCACUUAAUCUUACUUUAUCUGGUAAUUAUUUUUAUAAAACAGGAAUAAAUACUAAAAUAAUACUAUUUGAUUUAGAUAAUGAUUCUAUUUGCAAUGAUCAUAAAUUGGUGAAUUAUAUAUAUGAAUUAAAAAGUGAACGUGAGAAAUACAACAAUUAUUUUGACAAGCAAAUCAAAGAAAUUAACAAUAAAUUACAAAAAUUAAUAACAGAUAAAAAUACAAAAAAUGAAGAAUUAACAAAUAAAAUAAAUGAAUGUAUGCGCAGUAUCAAAAAUAAAAAAUUAUAUUCAAAAGCAUUACACAGAAAACAAUUGAAACGUAUUAAUAAUAACUGUAUUAAUAAAAAUAACCGUAGUAAUGAUCAUAAACAAUAA